AUGGACAGUUGUCGGGAUCGUCUUGCUUCUGGCAGCGGCCUCUCAGCUGCCGCCAAGGAUGGUGCGAUCCCACAAAAGGACGGGGAGGCGGAGGAGGAAGUCUCUUUACCCCUAGGCUUUCCCAAGGUGGCUGUGCGGGCCUACACACAAACGAGCAAGAGCUGCUCUGCCAGCAUCCGGAAGUAUGAAGGGCCGCUUCUUGGCGACUGCAGCGACGAUGCCAAACCCGUAGACCAGCCUUACAUGGCGCGCAACACAAGUAGCACCAGCAGCAGCAGUACGUGGAUCGAAAGACGUUUAUCGUAUGGCACCAAAGGCAGUACUCAGGGGGUAGCUCUCCGUGCUGCCUCUUUCGGGGGAGAUUCGGGACGCCCUCCGCAAGCUUCUCCGUCAGAGUUUCACCCUGCAUCCUCGCGACAGCAGGUGCCGGCAUCCGCCCGAUUGCAGCCACGAAAAAGUACUUGCGUAUCUCCCGAUUGCAUAGAGCAGCCAGAUAGAAACACUCUCCAGCCACACUGCACGAAGCCGCACUGCGUGGUCUGCGGCGUGUUUUCUCCUAAAGAAGGUCCCCACAUCCCGUACCUGCAGCAGCAGCUGCAUCCGGACGGCAGCUUCGCAAAGAUUCCCCAUGAUUCUCUCUGCGCUUCCUCCCCCUCGCCGGAAAAUGCAACCCUCGGAGUGCCAGCAGCAUUGCUGCCACCCCUAGAGGAAGACAAUCCGAAUGCUAAGGAGCAGGACGUGGAAGCAGAAUGCUGUGGCGCCCCCCAGUCGGUGAUGCUCGCGAUGAUGCUUUUCGUCUCCCUACAAAUCGUUUUCAAUGUAGACAAUGGAAUCGUUCCAGCAGUGCUGCCUCAGCUGUGGGAAGAGUAUCAUAUUGCGGAUUCACAACAAGGCCUCUUAGGAGCAUUGCCGUACGUUGGCACGGCCCUCAUGUCGCCCCUCAACUCCCGACUCCUCAACGCUCUGCUCCCCAAGUGUUUCCUCUGCAUCUGUCUCUGCUGCAACACAGCAGCCUGCUGCCUCUUCGCUAUGGCUCCGGGAGGCCCUUGGCUGCUGACUGCGCGGCUCCUGGUAGGGGCCACCCAGGCACCCUUCUUCAUCUAUGCACCCGUCUGGAUCGAUGCCUUCGCUCCUCAGCAGCAGCUCACCUUAUGGCUAGGCUUCUUGCAGGGGGCCGUUGUGCUCGGCAUUAUGGUAAGCAGCAGACGCCCCUCACGUAUACAGACCAGGGCCACCUAA